AUGGACAAGGUCCUUAAAGCAUCGUUUCUAGUCCUAGGCCUUCACUUAGCCUGGGUCAGUGGCCAGCAGACGGAGAGACGUGACCAGCAAGAGGUAAAACAAAGUCCCCAGUCUCUAAGAGUCUGGGAAGGUGAGACUGCUAUUCUGAACUGCACUUAUGAGAACAAUGCAUUGGACUACUUCCUAUGGUACAAGCAGCUCCCUGGGGAAGGCCCUGCAAUCCUGACCUCCAUACGAUCUGUGUCUAAUAAAAAGGAAGAUGGACGAUUUACCGUCUUCUUCAAGAAAAGUGAGAAACAGUUUGCCUUGCACAUCACAGACUCUCAGCCUGGAGACUCAACCACCUAUUUCUGUGCAGCAAGUGCACAGUGCUCUCCAGCCACCUGCAGCCCACACACAAACCUGCAGCUGAAGCCCCAGCGAAGCUCUGCAGUGGGGCUGAGCUUACCAGUGUGUGGAGAGGUUCUUAUUUGCAGGGGCAGGACAGGGGACACAGUGAAUACUCCUGCUCACAUCCCCACACAGUUGUGUCACCACAGAUCCAAUGUUUCCCAGAAAGCGACUCAGGUUAAGUCAAGCAUAAGCGUGCAUGAGGGACAAAAAGUCACCCUGGACUGUUCAUAUGAGACAAGUUAUAGUUAUUACCAUCUCUUUUGGUACAAGCAACGACUUACUGGAGAGAUGAUUUUUGUUUAUUGCAAAAAUUCCUAUUCUGCUGAUUCUGAGAAGAGAGGCCGCUAUACUGUUGUCUUCCAGGAAUCAGCCACGUCCAUCAGCCUUGUCAUUUCAGCCUCAGAGCUGGAGGACUCCGGGAUGUAUUUCUGUGUGCUCUGGGAACUGACCCACAGUGUUUGA